UAGAGAAAGGAGCAGAGUCGAUUUAUGGAGUUUCGAAGAGGAAAUUUGUUGUGAGAGUUACUCUCCGAGGCUUUUUGGUGAACAUGGAAGGCGUUAGAGGAAUGUUGAGCACUUUGCUGAUCGUCUUGAUCCUCGAGUUGUGUCAUGUUUGUUGUGACAUAACCGACGGAAACGCGGAACACCUGAAGAGAGAGCACUCGUUAAUGAAACCGUACCAGGGUGUGGGCAGCAGCCCGACCAGUCAGUGGGACUUCUGGGGAAACACGCUGGUGACGAGCUCCUACGUCCGACUCACUCCAGACGAGAGGAGCAAGCAGGGAUCCAUCUGGAACACUGUGCCUUGUUACUUGAAGGACUGGGAGAUGCACGUACAGUUUAAAGUUCAUGGGUCGGGAAAGAAGAAUCUCCACGGUGACGGUAUAGCCAUCUGGUACGCAAAGGACAGACUGCACCCAGGCCCUGUGUUUGGAAACCAAGACCACUUUGUUGGCCUGGCUAUAUUUUUGGAUACCUUCCGCAAUGACCUCCAUGGGAUGGAUCGCUCCUUCCCCUUCAUCUCGGCCAUGGUGAACAACGGCUCGGUGAGUUACGACCACGGGAAAGACGGACGCUCGUCGGAGCUCGGCGGCUGCUCGGCCGAGAUCAGGAACAGGGAGCACGACACGUACCUGGCCAUUCGCUACUCGAAGGGAAGACUGACUGUGAUGGUUGAUGUGGAGGACAAGAACGAGUGGAAGGAGUGCAUCGACAUCGGAGGAGUUCGUCUUCCCACCGGAUAUUUCUUUGGCGCCUCAGCAGCUACAGGAGAUCUGUCUGAUAACCAUGACAUCAUCUCCAUGAAGCUCUACCAGCUGAUGGUGGAGCACACGCCCGAGGAGGAGAACUUGGACUGGACUAAGAUCGAACCCAGCGUCAGUCUCCUCAAGUCCCCGAAAGAUAACAUCGACGAUCCUACUGGAAACUUCCGUGGCACGCCCCUGACCGGCUGGAAGGUCUUCCUGCUCCUGCUCUGCGCUCUGCUGGGAAUCGUGGUGUGCGCCGUGGUGGGAGCUGUGGUUUUCCAGAAGAGACAAGAACGGAACAAGAGGUUCUACUGAGCAGGGAGAGGAAGUAGAAGAAGAAGAAGAACAGUUAUGGAACGGACUGUUUUCCAGACGACAGCUUGAGCACGUUCAAUGUGAAUUUUUUUUUUCUAAAGAUUGUACAAAAAAACAAAAAAAAAAAAGUUUAUAUCUUGGAAGCACUGCGUCGCGGGUGAAUUGUGGUAAAUUCAUUUGUGGUUGUGAAGACAGGUGCAGAACUGGUGGCGCCGGUUUUGUGUCUUUGUGUUCAGGGUUAGAACAGAUUUACUGUCUUUGCUUAAUUGUAUUUUUUCUGAAGAUUGUGCCCACGUCUGCUUCUUAUCGGUUGAUCAGGCGUCUCAAGCUCCUUUUUUUUUUUUCUGCUGCAGGUGUGAAGCUGCAAAAUGGUGAUUUUUUUUUUUUUUUUUUUUUAAUAAGUUCGUCUUCCAAGCUCUUUUACCUGAUUAUUUAUUGGAAGAGGAAAGUAGCUCCACAAACUGAGGAUCCGCGGUUGAUGAUCCAGGCUGCUCUGCUAAAAUAUUAAAAAAUAAUUAGCUCUUAUAAAGAACUAGUUGGCACAUUAACUGAUUUAUGUUUCUGGCUUUUACAAUGUCCGAUCUGAAUCCUCCCAUUUCAUACAACUAGGUUUGGAAAUGAAUAGAAAUCGUGUGAGAACACGAGUGUCUAUCUCAGAAAGAAACGGCAGUAGAUACAUAACAGGAUAAAUCAUGGCAAAACAGGACUGAGUGAUCUGUAAUUCCCACGUUCCUCCUUUAUUUUCAAUCGACAAUAUGAUGUUUUGGGUUUUCUAUUGAUAAGCUUCCUGUUUCUGUUUCUGUAAGAUGCUCUGUCCUUUUUUUUUUAAUCUUAAGCCAAAACGAACCCACUGUUUAUUUCUACCACUAGAAACAUCGGAGGUUCCGAUUCCAUUCAGUAUAAUGAACAUGACUGAGUGUCUAUUAUCUAAACUUAUCAUGAAGUGAAUCAUAUCAGUGUUAUUCUUCACUUCUUCUCAUGAAAGUAGCUAAAUUAUCUAGAGACUAGCACUGAUUUGAAUAAAAUAAAAACACUUCUUGAUGCAGGGGUUCAGUGGACGAUAACAGAAUAACUUCGUCUCCUAUGGGUUGGAAUAUUUUAUGCUUUUCUUUUCCAGUUUGUUUUCGAGCAGUUUUAUCCUGAAUAUGCCUUUAUUUUUCUAGAAGUUUUUCCGAGUCGGUGAUGCUGAAUUGUAACUACAGCUCUUUAAUUCUUCAGUAUAAUGAUGAGUGCGACGUUGAGAGCACACAGUGUUAAUUAUGAAACUGUUCCUCCCGUAGAGCCGUGGAUUGAUUUUCACUCAUUUCUUUGAUUCUUUUUUUGUCCUUGGUUUGGUUUCUGCUUCCGUUUCCACAGUGUUUCACAUUCACUUCUGUCCCGACAUUGUUAAACAACGUUUAACACACAUCUGAGACUUUGAUGACACAUUGGUAUCUACUGAAAUGGAUAUUUUCUUUCAGUUUUUGGUUCGACUAAGCAUUUUUCUCUCUGUUCCCGUCUUUUUUUGUUGUUGUUUUUGGGUUUUUUUGUAGCCACUCUUUGGUUCUUUCAUCCAUCCAUCUGUUAGUUUUGUGAUGAGACCAGAAACUGCUCCUCUCAUCAGAAAUAAUGUAUUAAAAACUCAAAAAAUGAA